AUGAUGCCCCAUGGUCAGAAGAGCCAAGACAGCCUGCAGGAGGAAGAAGGCCAUCCUGGACAUAGAAGUGCACGAGUCUUCCCAGGUGCCCAGGCCCUCAAUGAUGAGGAAACUGCUGCCACCACUUCUUCCUCUGCAUCCUCUUGCUCCUUCACUUUCACUGUGGCCACAGGAAGAGAGCAACCUGGGCCUGGGAGCACAAGUGGUCCUCUCAAUCCCGAGGGACUCUUUGCUCUCUCCAGUGUCAUGGCUUCCAGUGAAAGGAAGCAAUAUAGUGAGGGGUCCAGCAGUCAGCAAGUGGAGGGUCCAAGUCUGUCCCAGGACAAGGAUGCCACUCAGAUCAGGAAGGAUGCAAUGAAAAAUGAUGAGCUAGAUACCAUCCUGAGAUUUCUACUCCAGAAAUAUCAAAAGAAAGAGCAGAUCACCAUGGGAGAGUUGGAGCACAUGGUGGCCCACAAUUCCCCUGAGCAGUUCCAUGUGAACUUCGCAGAAAUUUGUGAGUGUAUGCACCUGGGAUUGGGCAUUAUUGUAAGGGAAGUGGGUUCUCCUGGCCACACAUAUGAGCUUGUCCCUGCCUUGGGACUCACUUAUAAUGGGGUACUGGAUGAUGCUGACCAGAUUAUUCCUAAAGCUGAUCUCCUGAUACUUAUCCUCAGUACAAUCUUCUUAAUGGGCAACAGAGUCAGUGAAGAGCAACUUAGGGACAUUCUGAGACAUAGGAAGGUAUUAGCUGAGAGAUCUCACAUUGCUGUUGGGGACCCCUGGAAAUUCAUCAGAGAAGAUUUAGUACGGGCUGAGUACCUGGUGUACCAGCAGGUUCACAACAGUGUUCCUGCUCGCUGUGAAUUCUUGUUGGGUCCGAGGGCCCUAGCUGAAACUACCAAGAUGAAAGUACUAAAUCAUGUAAUCAUGCUGGCUGAGAAAGAUCCCGGGUCUUGCCCAUAUCUCUAUGAGCAGGCUAUGAGAGAACACGAUGGUAAUUUCAGUGCCUCUGUAGGGCAGGAUGAUUGGCCGUGA